AUCUGCCUAUUUCGGACAAUCUGAAGUCGCAAGAGAAGAUAUACUUUAGAAGUCUUAAAGAGACAGUACAGAAGGAUUUUAACAGUAUUUCUCAGGCAUGGAGUUUUCAAAAGCAGCAGCAUGAGCUUCAUGUGACUUUCUACAAACAAUACCUUACUAAUGCUCAGAAAGUGUUCCAGGAGGCUCGACAGAAGAUGAAAAACCAAGAGAAUGAAUUGAAAGCCAUUAAGGGAGAAAAUGCUGAGCUGAGAGCUAUGGUCACUCAUUUGAAGAGUUCCCUAAGCAGGUCACAAAGUAGCAGCAGGUCUUGCACACCUCGGCCAAUUGCCAUUACUCCUCCUUCCCAGACAGUUACUCCUCGACAUAGCCUUCAGCAUUGUGGACAGAUAGCAAGCCGUCCAUCAUCUGUGGAGUCUCUAUCAUAUGUUAGAUCCCACUCAGGAACAGACAGUCAAUCAGCAUCAACCAGUAGAGCUCAAGACAGAGCCACCUCAUUAAGUUCCAGCCAGGGUUCCCCAAUGUCUGGUCACAGCAUGUCCUAUCGGAGUGACACCUCAAGUAACCCGUUACAAACCCCUACUGAAACCAACAACAUUUUCAGAACAAAUUCAGCUGUGGCAAGAGAUUCUUUCAGUACCCAAUGUAACAACAUAGAUCGCCUAAGGGCCCUUCAGCUAAAAUAUACUCCUAAAAUGUCAACAUCAUUUGGCUUGAGAAAAUAA